AUGGAAUAUCUACAUGUGGAGUCUAACCCUGCGGGAAAAAGUGAACUCACUCUAUUUACUGUCCCUUCAACACAAGUAACAAUAGAGUCAAGCUAUGAAACUGAAUAUAGACCAUCAGCAAGUUUAGAAAGUAGCCUUGUCUAUGAAAUUGCAGUUCCACCCUCAGAAGACAUGACAGACAUGGCAGCAACUAUGAUACACAUGAAAGUACAAAUAAUUGACGCAACCGGAGAGCCAACGAAAAAUGCAGUCAAGGCAAUGAUGGCUCGCAAUUUUGGAAAUGCACUAUUUGAACAAGUAGAUCUGUUUCUCAAUGGUGUUAAUCUCUGUCAAGCUUCAAACAUGUAUCACUAUCAAGCCUUCCUUGAAGACCUUCUUUAUAAGUUUCCCAACCCAGUGGAUAUGGGUAAUUUAUCCAAAAAAGAACCUCAAUUUGUAGUGGCAAGCCGAACCUAUGAUUUAUUUUUUCGUUUACAUUUACCCGUUUGUCAACAAGACCGACUGAUGGUCAAUGGCAUGCCUAUGGUUUUCAAGUUGACUCGUAGCCCGUUGACCUUUCCCGUUUGGACAACAACUGAAGCUGACACAGAAACGUAUAAAACAAAAAUAACAAGUUUAUCUCUAUUCAUUAGAAGAGUUAAACUAUUUCCAGAUGCACAAUCUGCACUCAUAUCUACCCUUAACAAAGUUCCGGCCAAAUAUUUUAUAAUAAGAAAUGAAAUGAAAAACUUUACUAUAACGAAGGAUGUUAACAUGAUAACAGUUGAAAAUUUAUUCAAUGGAUUUCUACCCAAACGAAUUAUUUUAGGCUUUGUAAAUGAGGAAUCGUUCUCUGGUGAUAGACAAUCAAACCCAUUUAACUUUGAUAACUUUUCAGUUUCUCAUUUAGCCUUAAAUGUUGAUGGUAACCAUGUACCUACAGUACCCUAUCAACCUGACUUUGAAGGAAAUUUAUAUAUGAGAGAAUUUGUAAAUCUAUAUCGCUACACUGGUCAAGACGAUGGAAUCCCUCAAUGUGACAUUGAUUAUGACAAGUACAAGUCAAUGUAUUGUCUAUUCGCUUUUGAUCUAAGUAGUGAUGGUACAUUGGGUGGUGAGACUGGUACACUUAACCUACUGAGAAGAGGGUCUAUAAGAUGUGAGAUUCGAUUUUCCAAGACAUUGAAAAAACAAGUUAAACUUAUUGUACUUGGACAAUUUGAUAAUUUGGUAACAGUUGAUAGAGAGAGAACCGUUGUAAUUGACUACUAA